GUCAAAUUGAAAUUUUCGAAACGCCAACUUUUCUUCUGCUGACCCCGCGUUUUCUCCCACCACCACCUCGCCGGAAAACAUUCCUCUGCCGCCGUAAAAUCUCCACUCCGCCUCCGUCUGUGAAACCCUAGGGGAUAAGCUCUCAUUCUGAUAACCAUCUUCUUCUUUUUUUUCGUCGCUGUGGUGUUCCGCUUUUUCCUCUUCCUCUGCUACUUAGUUUGACUCGGCCAUGGGGAACUGUAACGCGUGCGUGAGGCUCGAGCCCGAGGAUUCGAAGCCGACCCAGAAGCCGAAGAAGAAGAACAAUCGCGAUCGGAAACCAAACCCGUUUGCGGAAUUCGACCCGAUUCGAACUCAUGCCACAAUUCGUGUCCUCAAGGACGUUAUCCCGAUGAGCAACCGAACCCAGAUCAGCGACAAGUACAUCCUGGGUCGCGAGCUCGGUCGCGGCGAAUUCGGGAUCACGUACCUCUGUACUGACCGCGAGUCCCGCGAAGCCCUCGCCUGCAAAUCGAUCUCCAAGCGGAAGCUUCGGACAGCCAUCGACAUCGAGGAUGUCCGACGCGAGGUCGCGAUCAUGUCGACGCUCCCAGACCAUCCAAACGUCGUCAAGCUCAAGGCGUCGUACGAGGACAACGAGAAUGUCCAUCUGGUGAUGGAGCUCUGCGAAGGCGGUGAGCUCUUCGAUCGGAUCGUCGCGAGAGGUCAUUACACGGAACGUGCUGCGGCCGCCGUCGCGAGGACGAUCGCUGAGGUCGUGAGGAUGUGUCACUCCAAUGGUGUUAUGCAUAGAGAUUUGAAGCCUGAGAACUUCUUGUUUGCUAAUAAGAAGGAGAAUUCGGCUCUUAAGGCCAUUGAUUUCGGGCUCUCUGUCUUCUUCAAACCUGGAGAGAGAUUUACGGAGAUCGUAGGAAGUCCUUAUUACAUGGCUCCUGAGGUGUUGAAGAGGAAUUACGGGCCGGAGGUCGAUGUGUGGAGUGCCGGAGUGAUUCUUUACAUCUUGCUCUGUGGUGUUCCUCCGUUUUGGGCUGAAACUGAACAAGGCGUUGCUCUUGCGAUCUUGCGGGGAGUGCUUGAUUUCAAGAGAGAACCUUGGCCGCAGAUAUCGGAGAGUGCUAAGAGUCUAGUGAAGCAGAUGUUGGAUCCGGAUCCAACCAAGCGUUUGACUGCCCAGCAAGUUCUUGAACAUCCUUGGAUACAGAAUGCAAAGAAAGCUCCAAAUGUACCUUUAGGAGAUAUCGUGAGGUCAAGAUUGAAGCAGUUCUCGGUUAUGAAUAGAUUCAAAAAGAAAGCACUUAGAGUAAUUGCAGAGCAUUUGUCAAUUCAAGAGGUUGAAGUGAUCAGGGACAUGUUUACACUCAUGGAUAAUGACAAUGACGGAAGAAUAACCUACACAGAACUCAGAGCCGGACUCCGCAAGGUUGGUUCACAACUGGGCGAGCCAGAGAUCAAAAUGUUGAUGGAAGUGGCGGAUGUUAAUGGGAAUGGAUUCUUGGACUAUGGAGAAUUUGUAGCAGUGAUUAUUCACUUGCAGAAGAUGGAGAAUGAUGAGCAUUUCAGACAAGCGUUUAUGUUCUUCGACAAAGACAACAGCGGACACAUUGAAAUGGAUGAAUUACGGGAAGCUUUAGCGGACGAUGCGGGUGAACCAGACGACAAUGUCCUAAACGACAUAAUGCGUGAAGUCGACACUGACAAGGACGGGAGAAUAAACUAUGAUGAAUUCGUGGCGAUGAUGAAAGCAGGAACAGACUGGAGAAAGGCAUCGAGACAGUACUCGAGAGAGAGAUUCAAAAGCUUAAGCCUAAACUUGAUGAAAGAUGGAUCAUUGCAUCUUCAUGAUGCCCUCACUGGACAGUCAGUUCCAGUUUAAUCUUUUGGUACAUAUUAUUUAUUUUUAUUACAUUUCAUAAAAAAAAGCAUAUGGUUCUUCUUCUUCUCAUCAACAAGGGGGAUUUUCUGGGCUUGUGUUUUUUUUUUUUGGCUUCAUCACUUUGCUUCAAGAGCUUUUUUUUUUUUUGUGGGUAUU